GAACGAUAAUUCAAUUGCCACUUUGCCAAGACUGUAGUUAGUUCCAUGCGCAGUGCAAUAAGUGUAUCAAGUGCUGUAGUGCUUGAUAUUUUAUUUCUUCGCACUUUUAAAGAUCACUACGCACAAAUUCAUCGCAAAACUUCGUAAGUGGUACGUGAUCGAGAAAUGUUUGACUUCAUUUUGCUGUGCAUGGGAAUAUGCUUAGCAAUUUACGCUUAUGUGACCUCAACUUUCGACUACUGGAGACGUCAUGGCGUGGUUCAUCCCAAACCUCUCCCAUUUUUUGGCAGCAUAAAACCACUAAUCACCUUCCAGAUGACUUCCGGACAAGUAUUUCAAAACAUAUACAAGAACUACCCCAACGAGCCCUUCGUAGGAAUUUGGACGAUAAGGAAACCGGCCCUGCUUGUAAGAAGCCCAGAGGUGAUCGAGGAUAUUCUGGUGAAACAAUUUCAAAAAUUUGUCGAUCGAGGACAUAAAUUUGACGAACGCAGAGAGCCAAUCACAGCUAACUUGGUCACUUUAACCGGUGACCGGUGGCGCUACCUUCGGCAGAAGUUAUCUCCGGUUUUCAGCACCGGAAAACUCCGUUUAAUGACCGACUUAGUCGUCAAAUGCGGAGAAGCUCUAAAUAGACACGUUUCGGAAUCCCUGGAAGAGACUAAAAGUGGCGAGAUGGAAAUUCGAGACUUGACUGCGAAAUACACAACGGAUGUUAUCGGUACCGCAGCUUUCGGUCUAGAGUUCGAGUCUUUCACCAGUGACGACGCGCCUUUUCGGAAAAUGGGCAGGAAACUCUUCUCUCCAUCCUUGAAGUACGCAAUCGCACUAGUCGUCCGACAGUUCUUUCCGGACCUUUACAGUUACUUUGGGCUUCGGAGUUUUCCGAAGGAGGUUAACUCCUUUUUUUUCGACCUGACGAGGGACACAAUAGAGAUGCGCAAGAAACAUAAUAUUCAGAGGAAUGAUUUUAUGGAUUUACUAAUUAAAUUGAAAGAAGAAGAAGACUUCAAUACUAGUCAUAAAACGUUUGAAGUCAAUCAUAAAACUUUAACAGCGCAAGCGUUUGUAUUUUUUUCUGCUGGUUUUGAAACGAGCUCAACAACUCUCUCCUUCUGCUUGUAUGAGUUGGCUCUGAACCCUGAAAUCCAGCUGAAAGCUGUUCAAGAAAUUCAGGAAGCAAAGAAAACGAAUGUUCACCUCACCUACCAAAGCACGCAAGAGAUGCCUUAUCUGGAAUGCAUUCUGAAAGAGACCCUCAGGAAAUAUCCUCCGAUCAUGAAUCUUCACCGGGUUUGCAACCAAACAACGCAAAUUGCAGGGACAAAACUAGUGAUUGAAAGCGGCACAGCUAUUAAGAUUCCUGUCUUUGCCAUUCACCGCGAUCCUCAGUACUACCCUAACCCUCAAGUUUUCGAUCCGGAGCGAUUUUCUCCCGAAAACUGCCUGAGUAGGCCCAAAUUCACCUUCCUCCCAUUUGGAGACGGGCCCAGGAUCUGCAUCGGAAUGCGAUUCGCCUACAUGGAAAUGAAGCUGUGCCUGGCUCAGUUUUUAGACAAAUUCCGUGUCACCCACUGUUCCAAAACCGUGAUACCCAUAAAAUUUGACACAAAAUCAUUUUUGCUCAGACCGGAGGGUGGACUCUGGCUCAGCGUAUCCUCUCGUGAAAGCCUUUGAGCUUUUGACCUUUUUACGCCGAUAAUUUUGCUUGCAAUUCCACCCAAAAGAUCUGAGAAUAUCAAGGGAAACUAUGCACAAGUUUCCUCGAAAAUGAACAUUUUAUCGAUGGAAAUGUGGCAACUCUCGAAUGUUCAUACGGCGGACUUCCAUAGCACGGUAGUACUGCAAUCAGUUUGUGAAAACAUAUUCACAAUUUUCUUUCAAAAAUAUAUAUUUUCUUAAAGGAAAGGCAACAUUCAUAUGCUUAGGACUCAUUAAUUAGAGUUUAACAAGUAGGCCUUCUGGGUUAUGACCCACUGGAAUAAAAAACACAUUGGGUC